GAUCCCAGGAUGCAACGCGGCGCAGAAUUCCACAGUGAGGGGAGAAGGAGGUGGAGCUUGCCAGGCGCCUGUCGCAGUGCCCGGGAACACGGUUCUUUCUAAGCCAUCAUGGGGGAGAAAGCCCGACCGCAAUGUUACUUCGACGUGGAGAUUAAUCGGGAGCCAGUUGGCCGCAUUGUCUUUCAGCUGUUCUCCGAUGUGUGUCCUAAGACAUGCAUGAAUUUCCUGUGUCUGUGUACAGGUGAAAAGGGAAUUGGAAAAGUGACCGGAAAAAAAUUAUGCUACAAGGGUUCCACCUUCCAUCGAGUGGUUAAAAAUUUUAUGAUUCAGGGAGGGGACUUCAGUGAAGGAAAUGGCAAAGGUGGGGAGUCCAUCUAUGGCGGCUACUUCAAAGAGAAUGUGGUCUUUUGCAAAAUGAAAAGAUGAGAACUUUAUUCUGAAACAUGAUCGAGCGUUCCUGUUGUCUAUGGCUAACCGAGGGAAAAACACAAACGGCUCACAGUUCUUUAUAACCACAAAAGCAGCUCCACAUCUGGAUGGUGUCCACGUGGUCUUUGGACUCGUGAUUUCAGGGUUUGAAGUGAUUGAGCAGAUUGAAAGCUUGAAGACCGACGCUGCCAGCCGGCCCUACGCAGAUGUUCGAGUCAUUGACUGUGGGCUGCUUGUAAGCAAGGCAGCAAGGGAAGAAAAAAUAAAGAGAGCUGCGUCUCAAUCAGAGGACUCCGACUCCAGUCUCAAAUCCACGACACCCUCCUCUCCCUCGUCAUCUUCAGAGUCCACCUCUUCCGAGAGCGAGGCUGAAAUAGAGAGGCAUCGAAGGAAAAAGAGGAAACGGAAAACCAAAGUUAAGCACUCAAAGCGGAGACGGAAGGAGUCCGGCAGAAAAGAGGAGGCCAGGGAGAAAAGCCCCUCGAGGGAGGAGCACAGUCCCCAGUCUGUUAAAAAUCAUCCAACAGAAGAUAAAGAUCUGACUGCGAAGAGGGAGAAACCGGUUGUUCGCCCUGAGGAAAUCCCGCCUGUGCCUGAGAAUAGGUUUCUCCUGCGCAGAGAUGCACCCGCGGCAAAGCCAGAGCCUGAACAGAAACCUGCUUCUGUGGAACCUGAAAAAAAUGAUCAGCAGAACGCACCACUCUCCAAAUCUGGGAGGAGAAUUCGGGGCCGUGGUACAAUACGGUACCAUACACCUCCUCGAUCCAAAUCUCGUUCAGAAUCCGAAGAGGAAGGAGAGAGCAGCGAAACACCUCCUCAUUGGAAAGAGGAAAUGCAGAGGCUACGAGCCUACAAACCUCCCUCUGGAGAGAAGUGGAGUAAAGGAGACAAACUCAAUGACCGCCUUUCCGGUCAGUGGGAUGAAGGAAGCGCAUCACAGAGGUCAAGUUCCUGGUCACCUGAUGGCUAUCAUUCUGAUGGAAGUAGAGAAAGAGGUUCUCGCUCUAAAAAUCGCAAGAAGGAGAAGAAAUUGAAACAUAAAAAGAAAUCCAAAAAGCUAAAGCAUUCAAAGAAGCGCAAGCCGUCAAAAAAAGACCAGUCCCGUGGGCCCAAAGAGGAAGUAGGAAGUAGGAAAUCAAAAUCUUCCCAGGAAAGAAUAAAAAGAUCUUUAUCGGUGUCCUCUCAAGACUCUUCCAAAAGACACCGGUCUAGAUCCGACAAAGACAAUUAUUCCUCUGGUCAUUCCAGCAGAGGCGCUCUCUCUGAUUCUAGAUCCAGAUCGAGAUCUUAUUCAAGAGAGAGUGUAAGAUCUAGAACAGGUUCCAGAUCCUCCUCCCGCUCUAGGAGUGACUCAAGGGGCAGGUCUCCGGGGAAAGCUAGGUCAAGACACAGGAGCAGAUCAAGGUCCGGUUCAAAUUCAGUGACUCGGACGUCCAGUUCCAAGCAAUUUAAAACUACACCCCACAAAAACAGAGAACCGCCUUUAGCAGAGAGCAAACCAGUUCCUGUGGCCGAACAAGGGAAACCCACCAUACAUCAAACUGAGAAGACUGCGUCGUCUGCUGUAACUACGGAAAACAUACCUGAGAUUCCAAUAAGUGACAGUCCGCCUCCUUCAAGAUGGAAACCUGGACAGAAACCAUGGAAACCAUCUUAUGAACGAAUACAAGAAAUAAAGGCCAAAGCAUCAGACAAGUUGCCCUCACAAGGUAAACAUACUGAAGGGGAUACUAGCAACAACUCAGGCCGAAAGCGCCAGGCUAGCUCCGAUAGUGACCGCAGUGAUUACUCAAGCAGAUCGAGCUAUAGGCGAAAAUCCAGGAUACAUUCUUCUCGGAGUCGGUCUUAUAGCAGAUCUUAUUCCAGAUCAAGAAGUCGUAGUAGCUCGAGUUCCGAGGCCAAUUCUCGCAGUGACUCUUCGUAUGACCGCUCCUCCUCCUAUGAUUUCAAAGACAGGCACCAUUCUAGGAGGUCUGGCUUAAAGAAACGAAACCGUUCCAGAGGUAAAAAUGGUCGCUCGGCGAGUAGGUCCAAAGGAAUGAAUUCUUCAAAAAGCAUGGUGAGCAAUUCUGAUUCCGAAACAUCCUCUGACACAGAGAAAGAAGAUUAUCAGAAUAUUGUGCUGGAAACCACCAAGGCUUUAGAAGACCUUAAAAAUCAUAUUGGCAUUAAAAGUACUCCGGAACAAAAUGAGAAUGAUACUAGCGUAGAUAAACUACAAGAGAAGGCUGAAAAUGGCACUGAUUCUGUACAGGCAGUAUUACCAGAAAAAUGUGACGAAUUGAAAGAAAAAUCCAGUGACAUCAGUCAACUUUCCAAAGGGGACAGAAACGAGAGCAAUUUAAGUGCAGACGAGCUUGCGUCUUCUGAGAAGGAGGAAGGGGAGGCCAGCUCUGAAUCGGACACAGAGGCUGUUUCAAAGUCGGCCACACCUUCCGGUUCCAAGAACAGCCCUUCUGGAAAUAUUCCAGAAAAGCUCCCAAAAUCUCCGUCGCCGGCGAGCCCAAGCCCCGACCGCAGUAAAAGUAAAUCAAAGAAACAUAAGCGGCGUUCCAGCAAAAAAAGGGCCAAGAAAAGCCAUGGGAAAAAGAAUAAGGAAAAGUCGAAGAAGAAAAAAGAGAAGAAACGCAAAGCUCAGAAGAAGAAGCCCAUGUUCCACUGGCAGCCUCCUUUAGAGUUCGGUGAUGAGGAAGAGGAGGAAAUGGUGACGGAGAAACCCGAUGCUACGAAAAAUGGUGUCACUGAAAAACACAAUCAGGUUCAAGACAAGACUUUGGACGACAUCACUCAGUCCUCUAGAAAAAGUUCAAAAAGCAAACCUUUGCGGGUUAAGGAGGAAACUGCCAAGGAGCAAAGCAAAAGCCUCAAUCUCGUAGAAAGUCAAGACAAAGGAGAGAAGAAUGAAACAAACACCAAAAAACUUCAGAACUUGACCCUGAGUUUGGCCCAGUCUCCCACUAGCCGCAAAACUGGUAAUGGUAGCCUCCCCUUAUCACAUGUUAAGGACGAAUCAGAUUCUUCUGCCAAAAAACAGAGUGGUGUUACAAGUGUUAAUAGUGGGCAGAAUGCUCCACUCUCAGUAUUGGUGGCUUCUAUCGCAGGAGAGAACUUGCAAGCCAAGGAAGAGAAGACUUUGGGGACUGCGCAGGAACCGGGUGAAGCAGCUGAUACAGAAAAAGGCAACACUGGAAAUCCUGAAGCAGCAGCCGUUGACAAUAAAUGGAAACCUGUUCAAGGACAGAGUAUCCUGCAGAUGAUAAAACCUCCCUGUGUGCACCUGGUAACUCCGACAGAGCAGGAGAAGAAAUCUCAGGGCCUGCGCAUAGAGAUCAAAAGUAAAAACAAAGUCAGACCCGGGUCGCUUUUCGACGAAGUGAGAAAAACCGCCCGGCUUAACCAGCGCCCCAGGAAUCAAGAAAGCUCCAGUGAAGAGCGGACUUCCAGCGAAGAUGAGAAAAGCCGGUCGGCCAGCCAGACGAGAUCCCGCAGUAAAUCCAGGUCGGCGUCGAGUGACAGAUCGAGAUCUGCUUCGUACAGCAGGUCAAGGAGCCGUUCUCGAUCCUACAGCUAUUCGUCUAGGUCCAGGAGUUACACAAGAAGUCGAAGCCGGGGGAAGUAUAGGCGGCACCGAACAAGGAGCCGCAGCAGAUCUUACAGAAGCUACACCCGAUCGUACAGCAGAAGCCGCUCCAGAAGCUCCCAUGAUCGCCAUAGAAGGUCAAGUCGAUCCCACACGUACGACAGUUACGACAGCAGAAGCCGGAGCAGAAGUCCCAACUACCACAGAUCCCGAAGCUACGACCGGCGCUCCAGGAGUCGGAGAUCGUACGGCUCGUACAGCGGCAGCGACCGGAGUCACAGUCGCCGAAGGCGCCAUAGCGAAAGAAGCUAAAAGUCAUGUGUUUUCCGUCUUGAAUAUCAUACGCCCCUUGCCGGUACCCCUGGCUCAUAGUCCUCCUAUGUGGCGCCGUCCUUGUGCUCAUUACUGGGCUCAGCUCGGAGGGGCCGGCUGCUUGGGAGACCUUUACCCUAUGAUCUGUGGGCAGUUUUGCCAUGAUAGGUCAGUUCAGUAUGAGACUGAGGCUUGGAUGGUAGGUAAAUACCGUAUCAUGUGGUGCCCCUUGGGCAACCAUAGUUUUUAUGGCUGAGGACCUUCAUCCCACAAGUAAUGAGUUGGAAGUCCCUAAAUGAAUUGAUUUGCCUAGCUGUAAAUGGGCACUGUAGCUCUAGAAGAGCAAUGUCCGGCAGAACUAUAACCCCCAGAUUCCUCAGGUAUUGGGAGGAUGCUGGAAGCUGUAGUUCUGGUAGUUGCUCCGUUCCGUCGCUUAGUGGUGGUUUCAGACCUGUGUAGCAAUGUGUCAUGGAUCCCCCUUAGCUGGAGUAGUUGCUGAACUACAAUUCUUAGAAGUGGGAGUAGUGGACACUGAGCUUCUACCCUGACAAAUACACCCCGCAGCAAUAUAUACUCUGCCCAACUGUAUCUUGUGAAUCCUGCUUCCUCAAGGGGGGAGAGCGUUGGAUAACCAAGGGUAACAUUGAAGGUAGGUCAGUAAGCUGUAGUCCUACUGCGGUGCCCAUUAUUUCUGCCCGACUGUAUUAUUCCCUCCCCCCCCCCCCCCAUUAUCAGUACUAGUUGUUUAGAAAUAAACUAAACCCAGUUUUGUGCCUGUUUCUCAGGUGUACAGAUAAGGAAGAGUUCAUUGUUCUGGGGGUGGGGGUUGCUCUUCAAUUUCUCCGAAGGACCAAGGAUCUUAUACAAAUGAAAUUACUCCUUUGGUUAUAUGUAAUGGGGGUGGGGUUAAAUGGAGGGAGCAGGGUACUGCCCCAGUUACCCAGUCCUGUUGGCUAAGCCGGAACUGGAGGUGCCAAACUACUAAGUACCGCCCUGUGAUUUAUUAUAUGGAAUAAUGCCCAGUGCUGUAGAGACCAGGUGGUUGGAUUUGGGCUGAACUGUUACGAUAAGCAGUGGGUCCGGUUUCUGACCCAGGCGUCACUUCUACAACAUUACAACAAGGGUUCUUGCCUAGAAAAUCAUAUACAUAUGUAUAUGUAUGUAUGUAUGUAUGUGUUUUUUUUUUUCUCAUGCAAUGUGACAGUUACUGAGCCCUAUCCCCGCUGUCUGAUUGGUCAGCGUGGAACUCAUGUUUUUUAUUUUCGUUUGUUUGCAUAACAAUGUUAAAAACUGUACAAAAAAUAUAAGCAAGACUUUUGUAUAUAACGAGCUGAUUUCUGUUGUUUUUACUCUGGGAAGGAGCUUUGUAAGUAGAACCCUAUUAAAUACAUACACUCUUG